AUGGUCGGUGACACCACUCUCAAUCUCGCAGUCCUCAUUGACGCGGACAACGCCAUGCCAGCUACAGCUCGGCUCCUACUUGCGGAAGUCGCAAAAUAUGGCACUGCUCACGUGAAGCGGGCGUACGGGGAUUGGACUAGCACCAACUUGAAGGGCUGGAAGGAAGAGCUUCUGCGGCAGGCAAUUCAGCCAAUGCAGCAGUUCGCGUACACCCACGGCAAGAAUGCGACCGAUUCGGCUAUGAUCAUUGACGCAAUGGACCUUCUAUACUUGAGGCACUUCGAUGGUUUUUGUCUCGUCUCGAGCGAUAGUGACUUUACUCGGUUGGCUGGUCGUAUUCGCGAGUCUGGACUAGUUGUUUACGGAUUCGGAGAGCACAAAUCCCCUAAGCCCUUCGUCGCUGCCUGCGAUAAAUUUAUCUAUACCGAAAAUCUCGUUUUAUCCCGCAUCCCGAGAGGAUUAUUUCUGCUCCAUACAACAAUAGAGACGGCCUCCGAUGACGAAGGAUGGGCUGCGCUCUCCCAUAUCGGGGAUCUCCUCACAAGAAAACACCCUGAUUUCGACUCUCGUAACUACGGCUAUUCUAAACUUGGCGACCUGAUCUCUGCUUUACCCCUGUUUGAUGUUAUUCGACACUCUCCUCGAGAGGGUAAACCCAAAGACAUCUACGUACGCGAUAAGCGUCGGGGAGGGGGCGGGAAUGCUGCCAAUUAA